AUAAAGUCACGUGCAAACCCGAAUGGUCACGUGCGAACAAGAACCAUUCCUAUCCCUCUAUAAAUUCCCCCAGUACGCAAGGAAUGGCGGGAAAAUCAGCGCCCUUAAUAGAGUGAAAAUCUCCCAAUUCUGACUUCAAAACCCUCCUAAGAACAAAAAGAUGUCCCAAAUUGAAACCCUAGGUAUUCUUGAAGAGAUCCAAGCUCUCGUCUCCGAUAAACUUCAAGUAGUUUCCUACAAGUGGCUAAGUCGUAAUUUCUUGGUCUCAUCCAACGUAGCGAAGAGAUUGCUUGCCGAGUUUGUUGAGAAACAUGGAAGUGAGUUAGAAGUUGUUUAUAGUUUGUCUGGCUGGUUGAAGGACUCUCCAUCAAACUAUCAUAUUCAGCUCGUGACAGGACCUAAACUUUCAGAAGCCAAGCAAAAAUAUGACAGCAAUUGCGGAGUUCAUGUGUAUAGUGUGCAAGGUUGCAUCCCAAAUGACCCAGCUGCACUUUGGAAUACUGAAUUUAUACAAGCUGAAGAGCUCUUCAAGCAGCCCACCAUAGUAGAUAAUUGCUUGAGAGAUAACAGGUUCUGUGGGAUUUCAACUUCAUUCAUCAAGCGCAAUGUCGAUGGAACGCCUGCAAGGGUUGCAGCUGCGCAGCCAAAUAGUGUGGGAAUCUCAGGACCAUCAAAACAUAAUUCUGCUCAAAGCAAUGCAGCUUUGCUAUCUCAACAAAAUAAAGCUCAGCAAUCAAGCUUAAAAGUUGCUCAGCAGCCUUCUAGUGUGGUAAAAGAUGUCAAAAGUGACAGUAUUGGCAGAGGAGUUCAUGAUCUGGUCAGGAAGCCUUCUGCCGAAAAAGAAAAAAUUCCUUCCUUGCCUUCUAAUAAAAUGAAAGGCCAGAAUGAUAAAAGCUCCACUGGAGGUGGAGGUUCAUUAGCAAAUUUAUGGGGUCGUGCAUCUACAAAACCAAAGCCCGGUGGUGUUCCAGCAAAUGAUAGCGAUUCUGUACAAAAUCCCAAUGUUAGUGCAGAUGCACAAAUUUGUGCUCGUGAAGCAGUAGAGGAUGAGAACAGUGACGUUGAUGUUCAAGAAGUUAAUUUUAGGAGAGUCUCUAAUGGUGAAGGCAAUAGGAAACAACGGAGGGUAGUUUUUGAUUUCUCAGAUGAAGAUGAGUAUGAAGAUGCUGUCAAUCUAUCUUCACCUGAUCCCCCUAAAAGGAAAUCAUCUCUAGAUUCUGAACAAAAUUCUAAAACUUUGAUUCCGGAGAAGCCCAGUUUGAUUGUAGAGAAACCAAACAAAGAAGAAUUAAAGGUUAAGGAAGAGAAAACUACUAAUAGAGAACCCAGCAGAUCACUCGGGGAAGAAAAUUCACUUGUCAGUAAAAGUACAAAUGGUAGACAUUGCUCUUUAGUUAAGCUUGAAGGCCAUCUUCCUGAAACUGAUCUAAGUAAGAAUGAUAAACUGCCAGAUGCUGCAGCAAAUUCACCUAAAAGGAGAAAAGUGUUGAAGACACGAAUUGAUGACCGUGGGAGAGAAGUAACUGAGGUAGUUUGGGAAGGCGAGGAGACAGAGGUGAAGAAAGUUGAAAGUGACAUGCCAGAGAAAGUUGGAAGUGGAACAACCGAUGCUGACGCCAAUAUUGUCUCAAAUACUAAUAACAGCAGGCCUGCUGCAGCCAAGAAGUCUCCUGCAGUUGGAAGCACUGCACCAUCUAAUCCAGGAGGCAAAGCCGGAAACAAGAAAACUGGAAAUGCAAAGGAUCCUAAGCAAGGCAACAUUCUAUCUUUCUUCAAAAGGGUUUGAUCAGAUUUGAUGAUGUCAAGCGCCUUUGCUUUUUUUCUUUCUUUUUUGUAUGAGCUUUGUGGUAAUGAAAGGUUGCUUUAAAAGACACCAACGGAUAUUCAUGCAUAUUAUAAUGGAUUAUCAUGAAAUAUUUCUCAAUUUGCAUCA